CGCAUGGAGAGGGCCCCCUUGCCUCUCGAGUGACUAUCACGAACCAGUGUAUUCUAUGUUUGUCAUCGUUCAAGAAGAAAGUCGUAGCCCAACGGCAUCUGGAGCGCAGUCUAGCGCAAAAACGCUGUCUAGCCGAUCAGUGUCAUACGUUUGAGCCCGUUGUGUGGCCAGCUUCGAACGCGUGCCCAAUUUGCGACCAGUCUCAUCAAUUUACUUGGCAGCUGUACCACCAUCUUGUUCAUAGCCAUCUCGGUUCGGCACUCUCGGAGGAGCAUACAAUAAAGUUCGACACACCUGAGCAUGAAGCGUGGCUCGUGGGAGCUUCCGGCCCACGGCAGUGGACCAGCGAGCAAUGGAGGGAAUGGUGGCGAACGCGCUGCCAAGGAAGCGAGGAAGGAGGGGACGUUGGGUGCGGCCCUCCAGCUAGAGCAGAAGAAGGGGGGAGCGGGCACCACCCUCCAGCUGGUGCUCAAGCUGCUGGAGCAGCUGGAAGCUCGCGUCCGCGAGCUCGAGAACGCCGUCUUCGACACGGCGGCAAUGUCGAAGGCCAGCCCGAUCGUGGAGCAGGGCCAGAGCGUGCUCAAGACGUACGCGGCGGUGGUCAAGGGCAACCCGAAGCACAAGCACGGCCCCCCGCACCUGCACGUGGGCAUGGGCAUGCUCGCGGCGCUGGCCGCAGAGGCGAUGCAGUCCAGGGACGCGGCGCAGCGCGCGCGGGGGCUCGCCUUGCACGCGCUGGUCGUGGCAGCCAAGGACCAGCCCCUCGAGCACGUGACAGCGUGGCUCCGGAGCUUCAGGAUCGCAGACAUGCACCACCAGCCCAACCAAGACGCGAAGACGAGGGUGGUCUACCACAUGGUGGGGGAGGUCGGCCUGCCCAGCACGACCGGCCUGGAGGAGCGCGAGCAAACCCUGAAGGCCGUGGCGGACGAGGAAGAAGGGGUGGCGCAAUGGGCCCAGACCUACGUGAUUUUGGAUUCCGACGAGUGCAUCCCGCGCGCGGGGGGGAAUCUGAGGAGCAUCGGCGUCCAGCAGUUGGUGACCAGCAUGUUGUGCAGCGCGGGGGGCACGAGGUGGGCCGGGAAGGCGCCUCGCGGGAAGCUCGCCCGCCGGGUGAACAAGCUCGUCCAGGGCAAGGGGGAGGAGGAGGACGAGUGAGGGACCAGAUGCAGUCCGAAGCAGCGCCCUUCCCCUCGAGGUCCCACGCCUCGCCGGGGGCGUGACUAUGGGGGGGCUUGCCGCCCCGUCGCGUCCAGCCGUUAGGGGAGCACCACGUAUCUCGUUUAAGAUACGGCAGAGACGGAGCGAGUAGAUAAUCCGAGUAUGCUUCUCCGAUGUCUCGAUCAAAAAAA